AUGGCGAGGCACAUUUUCAACCCAGCAGCCGUGUCUGCUUCUGGUGGGAAGUCGUUGGCCUUCAAAUCGGCCGUCUUCCUGUCCAUCUUCUUCUGUGCAUAUGCCUUCGUGGCUUUGCUACUCGAACCCUAUGCGGGUGAUUACAUGUUUGAACAGUACUUGAACAAAACCAAGGACAUUGACACCAGAGUGCCAAAUGUUCCGAACGUGCUGUUUCCAGAUGAUUGGAAGUAUCGCGGCCACCGCUGGCCCCAGCUCCUGUUCCUAACACGGCAGGAGGCGGAGUUUGGUCGCCGAAUGAUCGUCUCCUUGGUGGUGGGAGCGUUGCUGGGACUGGAACGGAGGGAGUCCAACCGGGGAGCAGGUGUCCGUACCAUGAGCUUAGUAUCCUUGGGCGCCUGUAUCUUCACCAUUGGCUCCAUCUAUGCCUUUGAAGCGGGAACUCAAACUUGGGAUUCCUCCCGGGUUGCUGCUGCUUUGCCCUCAGGAGUGGGAUUCUUGGGCGGAGCCUUGAUUUUCAAGGACUCAGGGCAGAUCAAGGGCUUGACAACAGCCUGCGGGGUGUGGCUGGCAUGUGCUGUGGGGAUGUGUUGUGGAGGGGGCUUGUACUUCGUCUCCUUUUUCGGAGUGGCUGGCGUGGUGGCUGUUCUACGGUUUGGGCCGCGGUCAGCGAUGCCAGAUGAUGAGGAAGAUGAGGCAAAAGUCCAUCCUGUGGCUGUGGAAACUUUGGAAGAGCCCCUAUUAGUGAAGAAGAAGUCCGGCCUAACAUCCUUACCAAAGACCCUCCUGGUCAGCGAUGAGUGCAACUCCACUGCUGCGGUGCACGCCGAGCUCUUCAAAUCCAUGGUGGCAUGGAAAGAACAGCCCCAAAAAAUGGUUCGAACCAAUCGGCCCCAGAAUUUUCAGCCAGCAAAUUUCCGCACGAACAACCCAGAUUUCGGCAGUGUGUCAUCUGCCACCCUGCAAUGUCACGCCAUGACGUGGCUGCAGCAUGUGGUGCUUUGCUGCGCGGGCUAUGCCUUGGCAGCCGAGGUGAUGAGGCUGAACUGCAGCGAAGAGAUGAUGAUGGAAUUGGUGAAGCUGCGCAAAGCGAGGAACUCAAGAGAUGCUCUUGGAGAUUUUUCCCAGCUGUAUGCAGCAACCACUGCGUUGGAGCAGACCAUGAGGCGCUUCUAUGGCCUCAAUGACACCAAGGAUCGGGACGAGGUGGGCUGGCUUGACGGGGAUGCCUUUCCGGCCUGCGGAGCUGAGCUACCGAGACCGGGCAACCUGCACGACAUCAAAAGCCAUGCCUACUACGUAGGAGCCAUUCGGAAGCUGCACUCCUUUCCUUCUCAAGCGGUUCAGUCCAUUGUGGCUUCGGAGUGGUAUCAUCCAGGUCUGACUGCCAAGUCAGUAUGGUGUGUGGAUAGUUGUGAUCUGCCGUUGGCGCAACGACUGAACCGCCACUUCCCGGCCAUCCGCAAGGAGCUGCUGCAGUUUUGGGCGCAAAAGGAGCAGGUCAAGGAGCACCUCCGUGGCGUUGGUUCACACACCACAAGCUUUGACCAACUCAUUAAGGGCAACGGCAGCUGGCAAGACCUCCGGCUCUGGCGCGGCCGGUCCUUUGAUCGCCGCCUCUGCGAGCGCCACUUCCGGGUGACCUGCGGUUUGAUUGAAGCUUCCCCAGAGGUUUGGACCAACCCUUGGAGUCACGUUCUCAUUAGCAUCCUGAUGCCCAACAGUUGGGUCCCCUUUCAUCAGGGCCACACCAACGGGCAGCUGACCUACCACCUUCCAGUGGUGCUGCCAGAGGAUGGCGCCGCAGAAUUGGCGCUGGUGGAACGUGGCGGUGCGCUGGCGGAGCAUGAGACAAGGACUUUGUCGCAUCCAGAGGAGACGACGGUCACCUGGAAGUUGGGUCGCACCCUUGUCUUUGACGAUUCCUUCAGUCACGCUGUGCGCUACAGAGGUCCUGCUGACGCGGCUGACGCGACUCGCCCGCCGCGGAUGCUGCUGCUGACCCGCGCCUGGCAUCCUGAACUGGAUCCAGCGGAGCGGAUGGCUCUGCGCGAUUUUAUCCGCCAGGGAGGUGAAGAAGAGCCGGAGGGCUAUGACAUGCUGCCACUCCCAAGGGCCGAGACGGCGCCUGAAAAAGGGCCGAGUCGAGGGGAUGACAUGUCCAGGUCCUUCGCCAUUUCUUUCGCAUCCAGUGCAAAGGAGGUGGGGGGACGGCUGUUGGAGCGUGUUGCCCACUGCAUCAAUCCCGAACUCGGUCAGCUAGGCUGCAGCAACAUUACCUUCCGGGAGGAGCGCUUAGAAGAGGUGCUGGCAGCACAGUGCAUCAGCAGCCACCUGCGAAACUUCGGCCCGCGGGAGCUUACUGCCACUGCGUGGACCUUGGCUGCCCGGCCAGAAAUCCAUGCGCCGUUGCUAGGCGCCAUGGACACGGCCCUCCAUGAUCUUAAAGUCCAGACUGACAAAGAAAUCUCCCAAUUGCGUGAAAGCCUAUCCAAAGUUGAAAGAGCAGUGGAAAAUCAGAGCAUUCAGAUGCAAGUCAAUACAGAGCAGACGAACAAUGAAUUCAAGACCUUGAGAGCAGAAGCAGCGUCGCAGUUCCAAGCCAUGACUAACUCUUUUGCAGAGUCCUUGAAAAAUGCCAUUACUCACCACGACAGUCAGAUGUCGGUCCAAUUUCUUGAGCUGAAGCAGUUGAUUUCGUGUCGUGGCAGUGGCCAGAGCCCUCCGCAAAAGAAGCCAAAAAAUGGUCAGCACAAUGAUGACUUGUGA